AUACACUUAAGAGAUUUCGCCCCGGUGUCCAUGGCGCACGGCGCUGGACGCUCUCACAACGCCAAGUACAAGUUGUCGGAGAGACAGUUCUGAGCCGCGUUGUCUCGGAAAGAGCGUCGAUGAUUAUUCUCGCUCGAGCUGAGCGGCGAAAGAGAUGCCCCUCAAUGACAAGUGUUGAUCGGUGAGUCCCGAGUGCCCUUUGGUCAAGUGGCAAGCCUGCAAGUUCGGGGCUGAGGAUGUGAUCGCGAUGGAGCACUGCGGCCAGCCUAAGCUGAACGGAUCGGAAGGGGCAAAUGUAACCAGUCUGGCCCCUCAUUACAGCCCGGUCGUCACCGCCUUGAUCAGUUUGGUGGUCACCUUCAUCAUCUUCCUCACCAUCGUAGGCAACAUCCUGGUGGUGGUGGCAGUUUUCACCAGUAGGGCUCUGCGGCCACCUCAGAACCUGUUCUUGGUCUCACUUGCUUCGGCUGAUAUCCUGGUGGCCGCCCUGGUUAUCCCAUUCUCCCUGGCCAACGAAGUGAUGGGCUAUUGGUAUUUCGGGAGCGUCUGGUGCGGGAUCUAUCUGGCUCUAGAUGUGCUCUUCUGCACCUCGUCCAUUGUCCACCUGUGUGCAAUCAGUUUGGACAGAUACUGGUCAGUGACCCGAGCGGUCGAAUAUAAUCUAAAAAGGACACCCAAGCGAAUUAAGUGCAUGAUUGGCGUUGUGUGGCUAAUAUCGGCAAUCAUCUCUUUCCCGCCUUUGGUUACCAUGAACACUGAUCGUAGCCACAAGGGAUGCUGUGAACUUAAUAAUGAUACCUGGUACAUCCUCUUAUCUUGCAUAGUGUCUUUCUUUGCUCCGUGUGUUAUCAUGAUUUUGGUCUACUUCAGAAUCUACAGGGUGGCUAAGCAGAGGACGGCCGUGGUGUCGGUGGCCAAGAACGGAGUGGACAGGGUGUCUUCCCAAACCGAGACUUGUUUCACAGCCAAAGGGAAAGUCGACCCGGACAGUCCCAGCAGCCAGAGUUCCUGCAGCCACAAGAGGCAGGAGGAGCUGGAGGACAUCGACCUGGAGGAGAGCUUCUCCUCUGAAGCCAAGGCAAAAAACUCCCGGGGGUCCAACCAGAAGAAACUGCAGCCUCCCGGUUGCUGCCCGGCGGCGCAGCAAAACCGUUUGUCCUGGAGCAACAACCAAGCUUCGCAGCCUUUCGAGCAUAAAAGAGCGCCCGUCUCAACCCUCACCAAAAGCAAAAUCGCCCAGAUGAGGGAAAAACGCUUCACCUUCGUGCUGGCCGUGGUGAUGGGAGUCUUUGUGGUUUGUUGGUUUCCAUUUUUCUUCACUUACAGCCUGAAGGCGAUCUGUGGGAAGUGCUCCAUCCCCGACCCCCUCUUCAACUUUUUCUUCUGGAUCGGUUACUGCAACAGUUUUCUGAACCCAAUCAUCUACACAAUCUUCAACAGGGACUUCAGGAAGGCCUUCAAGAACAUACUUUUUAAAACGAACAAGCGUACUUUGUAACUGUAUGUAAAUUGGAUGUCUUGUUUUAAUGUAUGCGGCUGUUGUAAUAUGUUGCUGUCUAUACUUAAGUGUUUAAAGCUAAUGCAAGAAGAAAAUAAACGUCACUAAAAGAUAAAUCUGUUCUGAAAAUCUCCACUGGAUUUUCUUUCUUCUGAGAAAGACGGCAAAAUAGAGGCAUUAUUUAAAAUUGUCUAAUAGAAAAGCUAACAUUGAACUCUUAUUGCACGAUUUAUUUAUAAGGUGAACUGGUUAAGGUUGGGCAGAGGUCAUGGAGAGGGCCGCACGCACCUUAUUCAAUGCGAUAGUAACAUUUGGAGAUUGAGGUUUAAACCGAGAAAACAUAGAAAACCUGCAGCACAGUACAGGCCCUUCGGCCCAGAAUGCUGUGCCGAACAGGUACUUACUUUAGUAAUUACCUCGGGUUAACCAUAGCCCUCUAUUUUUCUAAUCUCCAUGUACCUAUCCAGGAGUCUCUUAAAAGACCCUAUCAUAUCCACCUCCACCACCGUCACUGGCAGCCCAUUCCACGCACUCACCACUCUCUGCGUAAAAAAAUACUUAACCCUGACAACUCCUCUGUACCUGCUUCCGAGCACCUUAAACUGUGACCCCUCGUGUUAGCCAUUUCCGCCCAGGGAAGAAGCCUCUGACUAUCCACACGAUCAAUGCUUCUCAUCAUUAUAUGUUGUAUCAUUAGACGUGUACGUACUUGCAUGGCCCGCACGUAAUAUGACACCUUUAGAUUGCAUUUUGAGGUUCAUUCACGCAUUAUACAGUGAAUUGCCAUUUAAUUCCGGAUAAACAAGUUCUCUCAAUGUGAUGUGUAUGUUUGCCGGAUAUUCGAGGAAAGUGUAGAAGCGGAAUGAACCAGACUGUUCGGAAUUGGCAUUUGCGAUGAAAUGGAUUUACAGAGGUUCAGGCUCAGUCAUGCAGCUUAUAAAACAGAUGUAACUUAAUUCGUCGGACGUAAUCAAUGUGUAUGUUUUUUUUAAGCUGCAUGUAAUUGAUCUCUGAAAUCACUUACAAGGGACACGCAAUAACUCGGUAUUUUUUUAAUUUUUUCUUUAAAAAUUUAGGAUAAACAGAAAUAUCCACACCAAUUACUACCUUGUACAAUAUUGUCCAAUUAUUUUAAUAUUGUUCUUUUUAGGCUUUGAGAUCUCGGGUUAAUGACUUAAAAAUUGACUAUUUCAUACGAAUGUAUGUAAGCUUUGAUGAAAUACUAUCGCAGAGCAAGUUUCUAAAUUGCAAACGGCCCUGCAGUAGUCACAAAUCCGAUUACUUUCUUACAACAAUGUGGACCUCAAUGGGAACGCAUUUCGGGGAACAGCUUUUAAUGUCUGCGUUAUGAGUGAGUCUAGCAGUGGGAUCGAGGUAGAUUUGCACACACUGAGUCUCCUUUUCCACUCGAUAACUCUGGGGUCCGGAUCUCAGGGACACUGAUUCUCAUUGGACCACAAUUCCCCACACUCAAUCUCACUGGGGUACCGGCCCCAUAGACACAUUUAUACCACACAUCUAUUCCGUCCUCUUUGUAGAUAUAAUGCAAUUUAAUAACGUUAACAAAGCUGGAGACUUAACAGCACAUCUGGGGAACACAAAAAUAUCUGCAGUAUAGUAAGGUGAAUUAACUAUAUCAAAGUUACACUGCAAUUAUAACAGAAUUUAUAAAUAAACUGUGAUUGCAGUUAGCAAUGUCCCAAACAAGAACUUGUUUUCUGGAUUAAAAGGGUGAAUGCAUCCUUAUCUCUUAAAUCACAAUAUUGUCAUUAAAAGUAGUAUAAUCUGCAGCCUUUACAGAUUUUCAUUUUUGCCUAUUCCUUAACUUUAAGUUGUCAUGAACUGCUAAUGAUCAUAACUUCUUCAGAAUCAGUUUUACCCUUUGCAGCUUUGCAAGGGAAACAUUUGAUGAACACCUUAACUUAGCUUUGAGGACCACAAUAACUGAGCUCUAGUAUAUUAGUGCUUUGAAUCUCGAUGAAUACAAUGCUGUGCAUAUUGGUGUUUUGCUUCUCACUCACAAUGAAAGGUUCUAAUCUAAAAAGAACAAAACUGUCAAUUCAGUAAACCUUCCCACUGUACAACAAUCAAAGCAGGGCAAUUCCUUCCACACACUCUUUCUCAAGGAACUCAUUUGUAAAUCCAAAAUAAAGUCUUUGGCUACAUAAAUAUCCAAAAUAAAUUUGAAAUGAAUUAAGGUGAAAUAGUGGUUACUCAGAGACUGGUACGAAUGUGUAAUGAGGAAAGUCUGAAAUCAAUAAAGCUGAUGCAUUGAUGAGGAAGUUAGGAAACAAUAGAAGGAACAAGAAGUUUAAAAAAAAUGUUGAAGUGGGAUUAAGCACUGUUCAUGUGCACAAAACUACCAGUUUAAACAUUUCAGUCUGAGUGGCCCACUUUUGUGUACUGAAUGAUCAUAAAUAUGGUGCAGAAUACUAAGAACAUUCCUGGAGUUUAGAAACAGUAUGACACAAAUCCAGUUAAUCCUCCAAAAAUAAAUUAUAUUUUGCAAUUACCAUCCUCAAAGGGAUUAAGCUUUAUUAAGAGGGUAAAUUUAGUUCUUUUUACAUAAAUUGCAAGUCAGAUUAAGAUUGUGCCAGUUCCUCUGAGAGAUCAAAUGCAGAUAAUCCUUCCUUUUGAAGUGUAUAAAAGGGCAACAGGAAAUUAUGUAAAAAAGUGAUAAAGACAAUGUUUUGUAAAAUAAUUACACAGUGAUAAGCUUGUUACAUGAUAAUAUUGUUAAUACAUUUCUAUAUUUCAUCUACAAAAGUGACUUUGCUCCACCCCUGAGGUUAGAGGUGUAAGAAAGCAAUAGUCUUUGGGGACACUGUGUACUUAUAUAAAUAUAAACAAUAUUUGGAGACUCACAUUAGCUGAAUCUAACAGUUGCCAAAACUUCAUUAUUUUAUGUUAAACAUACUUGUAACAUCAAAAGUAAACAAAUAAGUGUUAGAUGUUGUUUGGAAACCAGUGAAGUGAAAGCUUACAGAUAACCUGUUUGUGUAUUCCACGCGGUUUAAGUAAAAUCUAAAAUGCAUGUGUAUUUAAUGCUUGAAGAACAUUGAAAAUUUCUGUAGUUGUACUCUGACUCAUCACUGGAUGAGGAGAGCUUAAGGAAGUACAGGAUGAGAUUUAAUUUUAUCAUGGACAGUUGAUCUGCAAUAGGCUGUGGAAUUUCUGUCAUUGCUCCAGAGCUGUGUUUACAGCAACGUUCCACAUUUAGAAUGUGUUCAUGAACCAAUAACUGUUGUUGACAUUACAACGGAGUAAACAAUUCCCUUAAAUAUGUUAUUCUUGCCUUGCUUGUGUAGUGAUGGGGACUUUCGUUUCACAUUUAGUUUGUUCUUCACCAUCAAAGUGACUGUCACCAUAACAUUGAUGUAUAAUCUCAGCAACAUGCCUGAAAAAUUGUUGCAUAUAUAUGGUGCAUAAUCUUACUGGUGACUAUCGUAUUUAACUUGCCAUUCUUGUCUUCAGUGUUUACCAUUCAAUCCACCAGUCAAUCUACAAUUACUUGACAUUUGAUUUGCUUCCUCAUUUUUCAGCUGCCUGGUUGUUUGUCCACCAUAAGUGCAUAUCUACCUAUUGAUCAAGAAGUCUGUUUGUGAUACUUCCCAUAUGAUUAUUUCCAUCAUCUUGUUCAUUUAACUAUUCUCCGCCCUGUUGUUAUGCAUUUUAAAGUUAGUUUUGAUUUAAGGUUUUCUAAAGCAAAGAAAUAACUUUUCUCCAGCAUAAAAUAGUUAUUAUUAAAAUCUUUAAUAUGUAGCAAAUUCAAUUGCAUUGAGAAAACACAGCAAUAUUUGAAAAUCUAAUUAUUAUCUAUAAUAUGUCUGUGCAAAUGAGAUAUUCAGUAGCUGCCUCGGCCAUAUACAGUAUGCAUGACUCACAUCUUUGGCAAGCUAUAUUCAGCUUUAAAAAUGUAUCUUAGAAUACAAUUAGAUCUUUGUACAGGAAUUGUAAACAUGAUAGGUAAGCAUAUUUGAGUGAAAAAGUAGUUUAGCAGGCAAUUGUCCUCAGUAAUUGUUGAUCUAAGUAAGUUUUUCCAGUUUUAUUAAUUUCAGGAUUUAAUCUCUGUCGAAGAGUCUGAAUGAGUGCAGUCAACAAUUUAUCCAUCACUGCUGCUCAAUUUAAAUUUUCCACAACAUUCUAUAAAUUGAACUGAAUUGACUUUAUUUCUUACAUACUUCACAUACAUGAGGAGUAAAAAUCUUUAUGUUAUUUCUCCAUCUAAGUGUGCAAUGUGCAAUUUAUAGUAAUUUGUAAUAAAUAGAAUGCACAACAGGAUAGUCAACAUAACAUAGAAAUACAUUGUAUCAGUGUGAACAAUUGUUCUAUUGACUGUCCUGUUGUAUAUACUAUGAAACACAACUGUACUAUUAUUGAGGGGUCUCCCAGUUAUCCUUUGUUUUAAUUUAAAAUUGAUAUUUAGAAGGCUGAAGAUAGAUAUUUAUGUGAGACUCAGUACAACCAGCAAGCUGAAAAUACCAUGAGGGUCACGUGUAGAAUGUACAAAAGGUGCCUGGCAGCAGUUUGAUGUGGUUACAAGGGCACAUUAGCGAUGCCAGCAAGUGUGGAACUACCUUCCUUGAUAUUAUCUGCAGAAUGUAUUUUCUAUUGAAAAUAUUAAAGUUUGUUAGUUAUGA